GACUCAAAGUAUAUUAUUUCCGUCAAAUCAAUUUAUGGAAUUUGCAUACUUCUGCGAGAAUACGCAGCGAUCAAUGAGCAAUGAGCACCGUAUAAAAAUCUACCACUCGCGCCUCGAUUUCUUUGAGCUCUGAGCAUUGCGACGGAGGCCUUUCCAAAAUGCCAGUAUACAAAAUGUAUGGUGGGGCGAAAGAACUGUAUCUUUUAUUUCUUUUGUCAAUAACAACCCCUCUGUCAUGGACUUGGAGUUCUUCAGAUGUUCAAACGGUACGGAAAAGCACGAUACUGAGCAGCAGUUAUGAUAGGCUGGUUCGUCCGUCACAGAUUACGAAUGUCAGCGUUGCCUUAAAUCUUCUGACCAUCAACUAUAUGGACAUAAAAAACCAAGUUUUGUCGACUGCGGGUUGGCUGGAAGCGAGCUGGGAGGACCAUCGGUUGACCUGGGAUAUUUCUCAAUAUCCAAACAUAACAUACAUUUUUGCUGACGAAAGCGAGGUGUGGCGGCCAGUUUUCUUCGUAGAUAACUCAGUUUCUGACCUGAGCAUCAUAUCAGAUUCCAAACUUCUGUACCGGAUCACACAUACUGGUGAAGUGGACUGGGAGCAGCCCCGGAUGUUCACUACCCAUUGCAGUGUGGAUAUCACGUUCUACCCCUUUGAUACCCAGUUAUGUGAAAUCAAACUCACCAGCUGGGGUUACUCGACAGACGAAAUUGAGCUUCAUCCGGCGCAAACUGUAAUCCUCGCGGAUGACCUGGAACCUAACGGCGAGUGGCAUUUACUGAAAUCCAGCGUCAGGAAAGAGAAAUUGACGGAAAUUCGAGCAAAUGGCUCAAUAACAAAACAUUGGGUGGUCGUGUUUUCAAUGGUGACAGAGAGAAGGACAGCAUAUUACGUCACAGGCAUACUGCUUCCGGUGUUUCUGUUGUCGUACCUCAACACACUCGUAUUUUUUCUGCCUGUGGAAUCUGGUGAAAAGAUUGGAUUCAUCCUCACAGUACUGCUGUCUCUGGCUGUGUUACUAACAAUAAUCACGGAUAAAAUCCCAUCAACAUCUAUCGAUGUCUCAGUUCUAUCUGUGUACCUCGCAAUCACCUUGUGCUUCAGUGUCGUGUCGUGUAUUCUGUCGGUCAUAGUGAUGUCCGUCAACUUUCAGGAUUCCUCAAAACAUCUACCGAGCUGGGCAGAAAAACUGAUGAAGAACAACACGUUUCCUUUUGUCUGCUUAAGAAAAUGUAGCUACUGUAUAAAGACAAACAGAAACAAAACGAACAUUGCAAAUGAGACAAACACCCGUGAAGUCGAUGUGAACGUUCUAGAUUUUGAUAUGACCGGAAAGGAGGACGCAGACACUUUGAAAAAGAUGGACAAGUUCACCUGGGCUGAUCUAGCGAGAAAACUUGAUAGUAUUUUUUUCUAUGUGACCUUUAUUUUGAUCACACUCGAAACGAUAGUGUUUAUUUUGAUUUUAAUGAUUGGCGGAACGAUUUAUUCGCAGGAACUAGUCAGAUCGUUGUAGAAAUACGUUUUCUUUAUUCAUUGUAUGUGGCAAAUGUGUAGCUCAUUGAUCGGAGGAAACUGGAGAAUAACACAAAAAUCUCCGAACUGCAUGCACAAGAAAUAGAAUUUCCAACAGAACCGAAUCUUUUCAUUAGUAUUUAAAUGCAUAAAGCAUGUGAUCACAUCAGAGAUUCCAAUCCUGUCUUCCGUCAAAGUAAUAUUAAAUGAUAUUACUGGAGACGUAUUGUAUCGAAAAUUAACUGAUGGAUUUUAAUAUUAAUUAUGUAGAACUAUCAUAUAUCAAGUUGACUGUAGCUAUUUAUAGAUAGAACUGAACUUUUGUAGUACCUAUGCAUCUACUGUACAUAAUGUGACAACUGAAAUAUUUAUUUGAUAUAAUGUUGGACCGAGGCUAGCAUGAAUACUGUUUGAUUAAUUUUCAAUGAAUUGAAUGCAACCUACGUUGUACCUGCAGUGAACACA